CGGAAAACGACCCACAAACGGGAUCAUGGCCCACCGGAUAUGUGAUUUUCAACAUUUGGCAAACCGAAUAAGGAGAAAUACCGAUAUGAUCAUUUGACGCGUCAGAGUAUGAUUCAUACACAGGUGAUCAUAACUCAGAACUUGUACCAGAGCAGGUUUCUCAGCCUGGCAGUCAUGGCCUCCCCAUCUCGCGUCUCUCAGAACCGCCGGCGCUGCAAGGACCCAAUCCGACACAGCUACAACCCAGAGCAGUUCCAGAACCUCAACUUCCAGAACGGCAUUCCAGAAGACCUGGUGGCCACGCCGCGCUCCACCAGUGACACAGACCUGGUCACCUCCCACUGCCGCUCCACACUCACUGCCAGCUUCUCCCACUACGCCAUCGGCCAAUCCCAGGACAUCACCAUCUGCUGGGACAUCAAGGAGGAAGUGGACGCCGGGGACUGGAUUGGCAUGUACCUGAUAGAUGAGGUUUUAUCUGAGAAUUUUCUGGACUACAAGAACCGUGGUGUCAACGGGUCGCACAAAGGGCAGAUUGUGUGGAAGAUCGAAGCCAACUCGUACUUUGUUGAACCUGAGACCAAGGUGUGUUUCAAGUACUACCACGGAGUGAGCGGGGCGCUGAGAGCCACAACCCCCAGUGUCACUGUCAAGAACCCCUCCGCACCGGUGUUCAAGCCCGCCAAUAGUGAGGAAGCACCCCAGACUCAGGGGCGCAGACGCCUAAUCAACUUCUCCAUAUCAGACUUCCAGGCGACGGGACUAAAGAAGGGCAUGUUCUUCAACCCCGACCCCUACCUGAAGAUCUCCAUCAGGCCAGGCAAACACAGCAUCUUCCCUGCCCUGCCGCACCACGGCCAGGAGAAACGCUCCGGCAUCGUCUGCAACACCGUCAACCCUGUCUGGCAGAGAGAGCGCUUCAACUUUGUGUCCUUGCCCACCGACGUGCUGGAGAUCGAGGUGAAGGACAAGUUUGCCAAGAGCAGGCCCAUCAUCAAGCGUUUCCUGGGGAAGCUGACCAUGCCAGUGCAGAGACUACUGGAGAAGCAUGCCAUUGGUGACCGGGUGGUCAGCUACUCUCUGGGCCGACGCCUGCCAACAGAGCACGUCAGCGGACAGCUGCAGUUCAGAUUUGAAAUCACAUCCUCCAUCCACCCAGAUGAUGAAGACCUCUCCCUCAGCACAGAGUGUGCUGCUGUCACAACAGUCCAGGCGGGGGCCCAGUCCUUGCAGCCCGGCGAGCCCGCCGAGGACACCCUCAGCCUUGGUCCCGGAGCUCCCGACCUCCCCUUGGACGAGGAGGAUUGUGGAGCUUCGGGGCUGCCCAUGGAGGGGGUCGUGGAGGGUUUGGUCGAGGAUCCAGGGCCCUCAGACCAGGCCGGAGUCAGAGCCCCAGGUGUGGGGUGCUGCGGGGCCGACGGUAUGCAGGAGGGACCACAGCCCAGCCAGGUGGAGGUGAACCAAGCCCGGGGAGAGGAGAGGGGAGGUGGGGAAGCAGCAGGGAGCGCUGGGGAGACACUACCCACUGUGGAGGAGACUAGUGAGGAAGGGGGGAUUCAGACGCCCUCCACCCCACAGCCGGGCCCGGAGGAGGGGAGGACGGUCGGUGAGGACACGGGGCCCACAGGGCCCCAGGAGGGGGCAGAGAGGGCCCGGGCAGAAGGGCAGGUGGGGCCGUCGGCACCCCCUCGGGCAGCGGAGGUGGACAUGGAGGUGGGAGGCGAGUCUGGAGGCCAGGUGGGGACGGGCGAGGAUGAGGAGGAGGGCGGUGAUGAAGGCUGCUCCCUGCGCAUCCGGACCACGCCCAGACGCAAGAACCGGCCCUGCUCGCUGCCCGUGUCCGAGCUGGAGACGGUGAUCGCCUCGGCGUGCGGCGAGCCCGAGACGCCGCGCUCGCACUACAUCCGCAUCCACCGGCUGCUGCACAGCCUGCCCUCGGCCGCCCAGGCCCAGCCGGAGGGCAUGGAGGACGGGGAAGGAGACGCAGGCGAGGCCCAGGAUCCACAAGCAGGCACCAACGGCCUACCUGAUGACAAUCACAGAGCCCGGGGGCCCAGACGGACCCUCCCUCGCAGCCUCUCCAUGGAGCGUCUUUCCGACCUGGCCUCGUUGCUAGACAGCGAGGGGCGCCACCCCCAGGGGCAGGUCAGAGGUCGCAGGGGGAUCGAGGACGAGGAGGACGAGGAGGAGGACGACGAGCCCUGCUGCAGUAACUCCUGCUACGGGCGGGGCUACGUGCGAGAGCGAGGCUUGUCGCUGGGCUCUGCAAGGAGGUCGGAGGGGGGCAGCGCGUUCUCCUCUCAGGAGGAGGAGAUGGAGGUGGGCGGGGCCGAGGGGAGGGAGCCCGGCGACGGGUCGCCGCAGUGGCAGGAAGCCCCUCCCACGCACGUCCAGAGCCCGCAAGGCUUUAUGGGAAAUGGAGAGUCGCCAGUGGCAGGGGGCCAGUGGUGGGAAAGGACUGUUGUUGUAGGAGAUUGCCCACUACCAUCCAGCCACCCUGCUGUCAGUCAGCUGCCAGCUCUGAGACCAGACCCUCACCACUACCCCACCAUUGAUGAACCUCUACCUCCAAACUGGGAGGCGCGCGUGGACAGCCACGGGCGCGUGUUCUACGUGGAUCACAUCAACAGGACGACCACCUGGCAGAGACCCACCACUGCUGCCACCCCUGAUGGGGUGAGGAGGUCUGGCUCUGUCCAGCAGAUGGAGCAACUGAACCGCAGGUACCAGAGCAUUCAGAGGACCAUGGCCACAGACAGCGGGGUGCAGGGAGAUCCGGAAGAGGAGGAUGGUGGAGCAGGAGGUCAGAGGGAUGAGAUAGCGGUCAACAGCAGCAGCAGCAGCGAGACAGACACGCCUGUGGUCAACAACGGUACUGCAGAGGGGAGGAGAGAGAGCUCUACCUCCCCAGUCAACAGUCAGAAGAUCACUGCCCUGCUCCAGAGUCCUGCUGUCAAGUUCAUCACACACCCAGAAUUCUUCACCGUCUUGCACGCCAACUACGGAGCCUACAGGAUGUUCACCAACAGCACCUGCCUGAAGCACAUGAUCCUCAAGGUGCGACGGGACGCCAGGAACUUCGAACGCUACCAGCACAACCGCGACCUCGUCACCUUCCUGAACCGCUUCACCGACAGCCAGCUGGAGCUGCCCCGGGGCUGGGAGAUCAAGACCGACCCUCAGGGGAAGAACUUCUUCGUGGACCACAACAGCCGUGCGACCACCUUCAUCGACCCCCGGAUCCCCCUGCAGAACGGCCGGCUGCCCAAUCACCUGACCCACAGGCAGCAUCUGCAGAGGCUCCGCAGUUACAGUGCUGGAGAGGCGUCGGAGGUGUCUCGUAGUCGCGGCGUGGCCUUGCUGUCCCGUCCGGGGAACAGUCUGGUGGCCGCCAUACGCAGCCAGCACCAACAGGACGCCGUGCCUCAAGCCUAUAAUGACAAGAUCGUGGCCUUCCUUCGCCAGUCAGGGAUCCUAGAGAUCCUGACAGAGCGACAGCCUGGCCUGUCCAAAAACCACUCCCUCAGGGAAAAGAUCCACUACAUCCGGACAGAGGGAACCCAGCGCCUGGAGAAGCUGUCAUGUGACGCCGAUCUGGUCAUCCUGCUGAGCUUGUUUGAUGAGGACAUCAUGUCCUACAUCCCUCCAUCCUUCCAUCCCGGCUUCAGUUUCUCACCUCGCUGCUCCCCUGGCUCCUCACCUCACAACUCUCCAGGAACUCAGAGGGCCAGGGCCCCUGCCCCUUACCGGAGAGACUUUGAAGCCAAGCUACGGAACUUCUACCGGAAGCUGGAGGCCAAGGGCUACGGCCAGGGCCCCGGCAAGAUCAAGCUGAUCGUGAGGAGGGACCACUUGCUGGAGGGCACCUUCAACCAGGUGAUGGCGUACUCCCGCAAGGAGCUGCAGAGGAACAAGCUCUACAUCACCUUCAUAGGAGAGGAGGGCUUGGACUACAGCGGCCCUUCUAGAGAGUUCUUCUUCCUGCUCUCCCAGGAGCUUUUCAACCCCUACUACGGCCUGUUCGAGUACUCCGCCAAUGACACCUACACCGUGCAGAUCAGCCCCAUGGCCGCCUUCGUGGAGAACCACCUGGAGUGGUUUCGUUUCAGUGGUCGUAUUUUGGGCCUGGCUCUGAUUCACCAGUACCUUCUAGAUGCCUUUUUCACACGGCCCUUCUACAAGGCUCUACUCCGACUAGCCACUGACCUGAGUGAUCUAGAGUACCUGGAUGAGGAGUUCCACCAGAGCCUUCAGUGGAUGAAGGACAAUGACAUUACGGACGUUCUAGAACUCACCUUCACUGUCAACGAGGAAGUGUUUGGACAGGUGACAGAGCGUGAGCUGAAAUCUGGAGGGGCCAAUGUGACGGUGACAGAGAAGAAUAAAAAGGAGUACAUUGACCGCAUGGUGAAGUGGAGGGUGGAGAGAGGGGUGGUGCAGCAGACAGAGGCUCUGGUCAGGGGCUUCUAUGAGGUGGUGGACUCGAGGCUGGUGUCUGUGUUUGACGCCAGAGAGCUGGAGCUGGUGAUCGCUGGCACGGCAGAGAUCGACCUGAUAGACUGGAGGAACAACACAGAGUACAGAGGAGGUUACCAUGACGGCCACAUCGUGAUCAGGUGGUUCUGGGGCGCCGUGGAGCGCUUCAACAACGAGCAGAGGCUCCGCCUCCUCCAGUUCGUCACGGGGACGUCGAGCGUUCCGUACGAGGGCUUCACCGCCCUGAGGGGCAGCAACGGCCUCCGUCGCUUCUGCAUCGAAAAGUGGGGGAAGAUUACAGCCCUCCCCAGGGCUCACACGUGUUUCAACCGCCUGGACCUCCCUCCCUACCCCUCCUACACCAUGCUGUACGAGAAGCUGCUGAUCGCUGUGGAGGAGACCAGCACCUUCGGCCUGGAAUGAGGGAGGGGAUGGGACAGACUCUGGACAGAAGAGAACAGACCCCAAGGAGCCUGUUACUCCACAAAAGGAAACUCAUGAACACAGUCCAGACUCUACAAAGUGACUCCAGGGUGGCACCUUUUUAUACCCAGUUCACGUUCUCAUUUUGAAUCAACCUGUGAACACAUGUACAAUCUCUAAGCCAAUGGAUGUAAACGUACACUUAUACAGUCUUAGCCAAUGGAAAAGCCAACCACCGCAUGCAUUAAUACUUAACUCCUACACUACAGUAGGCUUUUACCUUACCUUCUUUUGAUUGGAUGUUGCAUUAACGAACCAAGCUCUCGUUAUGGCCAUAGCCUAUCAGCACUCAGGGCCUAGAUUCUCACCUCAUCACCAACCAAUAGGCUAAGGUCUUGUCUCUCUCAUAUACACACUGGCCCCUGCAAUAGUGGCCAUCAGCCAGCAUAAUCACAACCAUGUUCUCCCCUAAACAACAUGAUACUAUCACCAUGACCUAACAUAAGAAUGCCUCAAAUACUUGUCACCCCACUGCGGUCAGUGAGACUCUGCCAAACUGGUUUUCCAACUGUGCCAGUGAUGAUUUUGUUGUUAAAUACUGUGACAUCAUCACAGGAAGAUGGUCCGCAGGUCCAGCUGUUUUCAAAUUCAAAAUGGCUGCCGGGGUCGUGUCUAAUGAUAACCAAAGCCUGAUAUAUCAUUCAUUAAAGACAGAAAGCGCCACAUGUUACUAUCACUAUGUGGACGUUUGUAGUCUUCUAUCAUUGGAGGUUCAUGGGACCUUCUCACAUUGAUUGUUGAUUCCGCAUUUUACAAUUUUUUUUAAUUAUUUGCAGAACUGUUGAGAAAAUAUGGACAUUUUACAAAUACACCGUUAUGAACGUUGAUGUUAGUCAUGCUCGAGUACACACACAUUGUUAGGUUUGAUAGAGAAGUCACUACACACUGCAUUGUAUUUUACUGUAACCGUGGGUGGUAACUAAUGUGUAUGUUUGUCUGUUUUUCUGUUCCUUUCGUUCAGACUUUUCUUGUGACAGCUAAUUAAGUUGGCACAUGCUGCUCUUUCUGGUUUCAACACAAGUUGUAAAUGAAUAUGAAUGUUUUAUUAUCAAAUGAUUGUUUUUUUUAAAACACAUUUAGUUUUUACCUAUUUGUGACCAACAGAGAACUUUAAAAAAUAUGUAAAGAAUGGAAAUACAGAAAUGUACUAUAUAAUUAUCUGUGAAAACAAACGGGUAUAAGAGAAAAAGGAUAAAGAGAGGACGUCCACGACUGUAACUGUUCUUGUCACCUGCCUGCAUAUUUCUUGCACCAACAGUAUAGCCAGUUGACACUGAAAGUACUGUAGUAAGUACUUUCAUUUGCCCACUAUUUGAACAAGAAUCCAUUUAAGACUAUUUGAAAUGUAACACUAUUCAAUUUAAAUUUUGGGACAUCGUUUGAAGGCGAUAUCCUGUAACUAGGUAUUGAGUAACUUGUUGCUAUGGAUACUGUGUAGCAGAUAUUACAUUGUCUAUUUUUGGCAUGAGCCGAGAUUCUGGAUGUUUAUCUUUGGCCUUUGUGUCUUUACGUAGACACAGACCUGUCAGUUCAGGUACAUUGUCCCGAUUUGGCGCAGUUCAGUACGUUAUGAUAAUGGGUAAGUUGCCUUGUUCACAAAACUCCUGACAAAGACCAGGCAGAACAUCUGAACAGAAUCACAGCAUACAACUCGAUUCAUGUUGACCAACUGUCAUUUAACCUAUUCACGUGCAUAGUCACAGUUAAUUGUUAUAUAAAUACUCAUCAUUGUUCAUGAUUUUCACCCGGAUUGUCCAUUAUCUGAUCAAUGUUUUUUUUAAGUGUUUUUUGGGGGAAUGUAGUGUAUAGUCUAUUGUUGCUGGUAAAAUGAAAGUUCUACUGUAAUAUAGAAUUGAUAUGAAAUACUUUGUAUUUAACCAUUUAUAUACUAUACAUAAUAGGAUGCUUUUUUCCAGAUAUGCAGUUAAUGACUGAAAAUCAUUCAUUUUGCUUUAUUUUCCAAGUUUGUACAGUGUGCACAUUUGAAUAAGUUACAGUUGAAAUGUGUCUCAUGCUAUGCAUAUGUUGCAAAGAGAUCAAGCAAAUGCAAUUUAAAACAUCGAUCAGUUUUGCCUACUUUUAAGAUAUACUGUACUGUACCUCUUAUUUUAAAUGGACGUUAAAAGUAGUUUUCACAUUGUGGAGGUUGUACCAGUUCUGCUGAAGCGUGUGUCUGCGUCCUCCCUUUACUCUCCACUUCAUCUCCAGUUUCCAGCUCAGUUUUACAGAUGACUUUCACUGUCUGACCGGCAGACAUGCAGUUUCAGACUGCAGUUUUUCUUUUCAAGGAUAGUACUGUUAACGAAUGUCAAUAAACAAUCACUUCGUAAUGCACCUUCUCCUUCCACCGGUCCCAUGGGUUGUGGAGUGAUAUGGACGCAUCAAAAGUCAUUAGGUGGUAGUUGAACCAUUAUUUA